AUGGAGCCAAAGCUCCCCCAAAGUCUUGUGGCCAUGUCAAGUGUGACGCCUUGCAAAACCCCGGAGCAGGAUACAUUGAACAAUGGUGUUUACAAGAACCUUUGGCAAGCGUACUCGACCUCUUACCUCGCCAGCAAGGAUGAGACCGAACAUCGCCUAGAACAUCUCUUCUGGAGGAUAUGGGGUGCUGAACGACUCUCGAGCCGCUUGAAUACCCAUGUCCUAGAUCGUCUAAUCCUACGCAUCAAGGCACCGGCAGGGUUAGUCGGACAAAGGGUGACCGUCUCAUCGUUGCCUGGCACCGACAAAGAAGAGGUAGACACAAGUCUGCUCCACAUCGCACCAUGUCAACCCCGUAUUGACGGUUCCUGUAAGCACAUCAAUGGGAACCAGUCAGGCGGUGCUGCCGGAACCUGUUCUCCUAGCCCAAUGUUGAAGAAGCCGCAGCCUUCAAAGGUUGAAACACAGAAAGCAACUCGGGUGCUCCUUGACACUCCCUUCGGCACAAUAAUAACUCUUGACCCCUCCAACUCUCCCACCGCAAGCAUGGCUGAGGAGCCAACCCGCGCCCCAGAUAAAGUGGGUCAUCAGCGUCGCAAAGGGACCCCAAUAGAUCCCGAGUCUACUCUCAUGCCAGACAAGGUUGGCAGCCGCGGUUCCAAGAAUAAGUCCAUAGCAAGUGACUCCACCGCCAAUUCCGAUAACGCGAGCCAGCAAGGUCCCAAGAAGACCUACCUUACUGCGACACGUAAUGGACGAGGCCCACGCCGCCGCCCAGUCUUCAGCCAUCGGAAAUCCUCACAGGCAUCCAUUCCGAAAACGGCACCUCCCAUCCGCCGGCGCUCUGAGCCAACUAUUAAGGCCGAUGGUGCCAACACCGUCUACGAAGACAGCUAUGUAGAGCUUGGUCUUUUGCAGCACCUCAGCUUCCGUGACGAGGAAGACCAGAUCGCGCGUGAUCUGGGACGUGAGAUUGCUCCUGAGCCCAAACCCGCUAAGCCAUCUGGUCCACUAUUCGACGACGAAUUUCUUGAUGAGCCUGCUGUCAUGGAAGCCGCGAAGGCUGUGAAAGCUGCAUGCAAGCCGUCCCCUGUACCUUUCCCGCGAGCUUCUUCCCUCCGGCACCCGAUGUUGAGCCCCAAUGACUUCUGUAAAAUCACACCAUCGUUCAACGUUAUGGAGAGCCGCCUCGACAUGCCUGGUGGUCCGCGGCUUGUUGCUCCUGAUGAGGUUGAGGGGGAUUGGGCGGACAUCGAUGCUCUUGAGUCGACACUUCCUGCCUUGCAGCCUUUCAAGAACUUGGUCUCGCACCACGAGGAUGUCGAUCAAGACCUUCCAGCUGAACAGCCCGCUGUUUUCCCCGUUUCCAAGGAGGAUUCGUUGCUGUCGUCUGGGAUGAAGGGAGUGAAGUUGUGA